CGUCGCUUGCGUGUGUGAAGAAUAUUAAAAUUUUUAGUUUGUGUGUGUUUGACUAUUUUAAAUACGCUGUGCAUGCAAAUGCUAAAGACGUGUGAAAAAUUGGCAUUAAAUGACGGCGUAAGCGGAGCAAAGGCGUAGAGACGAAUUACAAAGGAAAUACAAGAUCUAAUCGAUGAGCAGCAGCAGCAACUACAAGCAGCGCAGCAGCGACGAGGCUUUGGCCGAGCAGUUGAGACUGCCGCGCAAGGCGCCGCCGCCUGCGGCCACGCCCAGCUACAAGCAAAUAAGCGGCGGCAUGGCGACACUGCCACGCCCCGACAACGAGCAGCGCCUGCGCCACCACGACUCGAGCAACACACGCACUUGUGUCUACAUUGGCGGCGCCAGUGCGCGCGAUGAGGUCAUCACCCAAUCCGCUACGCUGGAUCGCCGCCAGCCUCAGCGCAUGUCCUGGCUGAAUAUGCGACGCGCCAAAGCGGAUGCCGAGCUGCCCGCCGUCGUCACCCCCUCGCCCCAGACUACACGCAGCUGCAUCUCCACAGUCUCAAGUGUGGUGGACAGCGGCGGCGGACGCACCACUGCCACCUCCGGCUGCAUCAGCUCCAGCGGCAUUAUCACGCUCAGCGGCAGCAACAACACGCUCAGCGAUAUGCAGAGCGGCUAUCAUCAUCAUCAGCAUGAGCAUGAUCUGCACGAUGGCGUUUCCAAGAACUACUCCUCAGUAUCGGUCACGCCCUCUGCGCACUCCGCCCACAAUUUAACAACAGCCAGCAAUGCCAAGCUGCUGCCCGCUGCGGAUGACGAGGCGAACAAACAGACAAAAUGUUCCGUCUUUCGCGGCCUUGUGCUUUGCAUUUGCCUAAAUGUGAGCUUUGCGAAUGUUGUGCGCUUUCCACGCGAGCUGGACCGCUAUGGAUCGGCCUAUCUGGUGCCGUAUCUAGUGCUGCUCUUUCUAGUCGGACUGCCCAUGAUACUGCUGGAGAUAUCGGUGGGCCAGUUUCUUGGCCAAGGGGCGGCGCACACCUGGCGCGCCUCGCCUAUAUUCAAAGGGGCCUGCAUCAUCAGUCGCUUUGCCUCUUGGAUUUCAGCCAUUUGGGUAUCGCUGCAAGCUGUUUUAGCCCUGGGCUACAUAGGCAUGUUUGCCUCCAAUACAAUACCCUUUAGCGAGUGUGUGGGUAACCUCAAGCUGAGCAUGAAUGGUUAUACGGUAACUGGCCACAGUGGACAGGAGUGUUUGCAGCAAACGUUUCUAACGCCCUUUUGGCGUAAUCCGCUUUACUUUGGUUUGCUGGCAGCGGGACUUAUAGGCAUUUGGAUAGUGGUUAUGUUGUGCACACACAAUGGCAAAAUAUUGCGGCGCAGUCUAUUUGUUUAUGGCCUUGCAGGAUUGACGCUGCUCUGCGCUUUAACCGGCUGGGAAGUGCGCAAUUCCUUUUCGCGUCAUUACUUUCCAGAGCUGUGGCUCUUUGAUGGCACGCUGCUGAGCGAGAGCAACAUCUGGUUCAAUGCGUUGAUGCAGGUCUUGUUCAGCGUCAACAGCGGCUUUGGCGCUCUGCCCAUGCUAACGGGCAAGUUCCUUUACAAAGGCGACGCUGUGCGCACUUCUGUGGUCUAUCUAUGCUUCAAUCUGUUGAUCAAUGCCAUUGCUGUUACCUUGUUCAUGGUGCAGUUCGACUACUCAUCGAAUGGCUAUCAGCUAAUGGAGGAACUGAAGCCAUUGACUGCCAUCUACGAUCGCGCGCAGUACGGCGUGCAAAUGGACAGCGAGCUGCUACGACAUCUCAUACCCUCGCUCAUCUUUGUGCUGGUGAUACUCUCCGCCUUCGUAUCCAUUACAGUAGCAGUGUAUACAUCCACACGAUUAGUGCCUAGGCGUCCUAACUAUGUCAUCUGCCUCAUAGCGCUGGUGGUGGCUGUCAUGUCCUUUGCCUCGCCCAAGUUCCUCAUUGCACGCGUGCUGGACUCACGACUGGUGGGCACGCUGGUGGUCACAGCUUUGGUCUUUGAGCUUAUAGCUAUCACUUGGAUCUAUGGCGCCAAGAAUAUCUAUACGGAUCUGGAGUUCUCCAUUGGUCGUCCCAUUUUUCGCGGCUGGAUGUGGCUCUGGUGCAGCUGUCCUGCCAUUUUAACAGGCAUAUUGGUCUGGUGGUGUGCCGAUGAUGAUCAGUUUGAUCUGCUGGCGGGUUAUCUGCCACGUUGGGCGCCCAUACUGUUUGCUCUGGCGAUUAUACUGAUUAUAGCCUGUGUGCAGAUAUUCCGCCAGGUGGAGUACAAUUUCUUUGGCAUGAUCUGCGAGGCUUCGAAGCCCGCCAAGGAAUGGGGUCCAGCUGAUCCGCUGGCCAGACACUCCUGGAAGCAGUGGCGCUCGGUUUGCCAGGAUACAGGCAGACGCGACUUUACGCUGCGACGACGCGGCACUCGGGACUAUACGCAUUCUAUAAAGAAGGGCCAGUACUCCAGCGCUCAGAAGUACGCCAGCAACGGGCAGGUGAAUCAGUCACAGACGCAUACACAUCAAACACACUGGAAGAGCUCCACGCCUGGCAACAGCUCGCCCAACUACAGCGGCUCCAUGUUCGGUGACUCGGCCAUAGAGGAGGACAUCAGCGUGGACAAGUUUCCAGGCAUUAGCCAGCAGUAUGUGCCAUUCCAGGCCAGCGAUGGCAAACCUCUGCGUUACUCGCAGCGCAUCCGACAGACAGCACAGCCACAGACACGCAUGCCACCACCGCCGCCACAGGGAUCAGUGGAGCAGCAGCAGCAGCAUCGCGAUCGCGAGGUUGUCUACAUCAGACGCCUCUCGGACGGCGGCAGCGGCACACAUGCCACACGCAUUGAGAUUUCACCCGCCAACGAGUCCAUUACCUAUGGCAAUGGCAAACCGCUGGGCAAAUCCAAUACGGCCAUGAGCCGCAAUCCGUUGGGUCGCUCCACGGGCUGCUUGGCGCCAGCGCCGGCGCUGCAUACGCCCAGCAGUCACAUCAAGCGCUCCGCCAGCUCUGUGGUGAGCGUCAACUCACAAAAGCUGCCACCAGCCUCAACAACGCAUGCGGGCGAGCACAUCUGUUGGCGCAAGUUCAACGUUAAUCCGGAGGAGUACUCGACGGAGUUGUGAACUAGCAAGGGCUUCACAUUCAAUAAGACUUGUUGCAUCCAAAAUAAAUGUAUGAAUCGGCGGAGACUACAACACAUGUAUCUGUAAACUGCGAUUCACGAACUAUCCACGCCCAUAAUUAUAUGCAAAGUGUAACUUCUAGCUUGUCAACUGUAUAUAUAGCACACAUGUGUCUAGCAUUAGUCCUUUAGCUUUUAAUUAACAGUAAACUACCUAUUGUAACAAACGCUGUUGUCAUUACAUUAGUAGUUAAGCUAAGUCUGUAUGUAUGUGUUAAUGUCUGUGUCACUGUCUGCCUGUUUAAACUGUACGCGUAUAUAUACCAUAUAUGUCUGUAUCAUAUUUUAGUUUAAUAUUGUUCUAAGUAAACUGUUAGUUAGCCUAGCAUAUAACAAUAUUGUCAGAUGAAAAGCACAACGAUUUUGAAAAACGAACUAGCUGUAAGCAAUAUAUUUGUAAGCAAAUCAAUAAAUUAUGCAAAAAACAAAGAAAACAAGUUGAC